GCCUCCCCUGCUGGUCCCGAAGCCCCAUCUUGGUGCCGGGGUCUUUCCGGGCCGUGACGCUGUUGGCACGUGGCUGCCGCCGCUGAGCCGUGUCGGAGCGGGUUGUCCGCGCUGGGGUCUUUGGGGCCUGCGGCAGGGCGUAGUUUGGAUGUCAGCUCAACCGCCGCAGAGCUCUUGUCGCCUCUGCCCGUUCCUGCUGCUUCGGCGCGCGUCCCCGUGUGUCGCUGUAGCUGACAUGUCUGUGCGUUGGACCCCAGACGGCUUCUAGCGCGGGGGCUCACGCGGGCUGUUGUUGAGGGCGGGGGGCGACUUUCACCUCGUGAGUCUCGUGUGAGAGGGAAGCUUCUCCGUGGCAGCUCUGCUCUUUGGCUCGCAAGUUUCCUUUAGCUCAGAUCCAGGAAGAAUCAGAAAUGUGGAAAAUUAGAGAGUGGGAGAAACAGACUCAGGAGACUUACGAGAGGAAGCAAAGGAGAAUCUUGUCUGACACAUCCAGCAGUCGGAUGCGCAGUGAUGGGUUCGAUGAAGAAAGCCAAAGAGCUGACUGGAAGACAAAGAACUUUGCACACAUUCCUGAUGUGAUCGAAGAGGAUUUCCUUAGGGCCCGAUCUUGGAAUAAGAAGCUCUACGAAUGUGAAGCCAACAUGCCGGACAGGUUUGGAUGGGGUCAUAGCGGCUAUAAAGAGUUGUAUCCAGAGGAAUUUGACACCGACAGUGACCAGCAGGAGGACGAACACGGCGCUGUCAAUGGAAAGAAGAAACUGUCCCUAGGAAAACAAUCUGCACACAAGUCCCGCAAAAGGAAGAAAGAGAAGAAAUCACACAAGAAGAAGCAGAAAAAAAGGUCACACAAAAAACAGAAGAAAAAGAAAAGGGAGCAAGCCCAGGCCUCGUCUGAUUCCUCCCUAGAGAGCGAGUGCUCCCAGGAGGGGGCCUCGGGCACCAAGAAAGGGAAGCGCAGACACAAGAAGAAGUCCAAGAAAGUGCCUGCAAGGAACCCUGCCUCUUCUUCUGGGCAGGAAAGUGACUCUUCUCACCCGAGCAGCUCAGCUACCAGCAGCUCCGAGGAGAGUGAAUGUGAGGAGAAAAGGAAAAAGCGGCCUAAGAAGAGGAGGAAGAAGCAACACACAUCCCCGUCCGAGAAGCACAGUGAGAUCCAGGAAAAGCGGAGCAAGAGGAAGAACUGGAAAGUGGCAGCUGAUGAGAAGUCAGAGGAGAGCUCGGAUGAGGACUAGUGAGAGGGGGUGACUCUUGGGCUGUGGCUGAACAUUGCAGGUUGGAGAACAUGGGCCGCCGUUCUGGUCCCAGCAUUGCUCCAUGGAACGAACAUGGGCUGGGGAGACAGAGGUGUGACCUUCCUGUCUGCCUGCAGAUCACUUCCCAUGGGGUUUCUCUGCUUUGAAAUUGGGAGAGCUGAAAGCUCUGGGGAGAAGGUGUCUGUCCCUCGGGUGAGGUCUCCAGCUCGCCCACCCAAUUCCUGAUGGACUGUUUUUUUUUUAUUCCAUUGUGACUGUUGAAUUUUGAUUCAUAGAGUUGCCAGAAUCUGCAAAAGGGAAAUGGGUGCUCUGGCAAUGUUCAGCUCUAGAGGUUUUUAAACUAGGAUUU